AUGGCAAAAGAGCAAUUAUUACUUCAGCUUGCUUUGGUUUUACCAUCGCGAAAAUGUACAGAAGAAGAUAUUGAUGAGCUUUUUCCAUUUCAAAAUCUCUCAAUUGAUUUAACUAAUACAUAUUUUUCUCAAUUUGUCAACACAUCACAAUUAUCCAGUUCUGAUAAAAUAUGCCAAGCAGCUCAAUUUUUUGAUUUUUUAUGUGAAAUGGGUGGCGAAACAGAAUGUGGUUUGUGGCUUCUAACUCAAUCAACAAAAGAAGAACGACGAAAAAUUUUAUUAAAUUUAAUUGAUAUAUUAAAAUAUUACAAAUAUUUGAUGGAUUAUAUUGACGAUACAACAGAAGAAGAUAGACAACUUCGUGCUACCCAAUUCAAUAUGGAAGAUGAAAUUACCAAAUUUGAACAGGAUAUCAAUGUCGAUGAAGAACAAAUUGAACGAUAUAAAAAAGAGAAGAAACGGCAAACAUCGGUAGACGCAGACAUUUUAAAAGGUAACAAAGCAUUGGAUAUCGAAAUGGACAAUAUACGCAAAGAAAUAGAAGUGCUUGAGAAACGUGAUAAUGAGUUAGAUGAUGAUCUAAAAACGUUAAAAAGUAGAGAAAAACAGCUUGAGAAUCAACUUGUUGGCACGUCAUUGAACGAUUUAACAUGUGAAAAUGUCAAUUAUGUGAAAGAAAAUGCCAAAUUACAAGAUGAAAUUAGUUCGUUAAAAUAUCGUGAAGAAGAUCAUAUUAAAAAGCGUGGGAAAGUGAAUAGUGCUGUGAGUGAUUUGAGUAUGAUGUGUACAGAAUUAGAAUCAUGUGGUGAAUAUUCAAAUGAAAUUCAAAGUUUACAGAAUACAAUCGAACGACUUGUCAAAGAUAUUGAUGAUGCUAAACAGACUACACAAAAAUUACGUAUAUUGGAUCCGGUUCAAUCAUCAGACGAUAAUUAUAAAGAAUUUUUAACAAAUGCUCAAAUUGAAUUGGAACAAAGUAAACAAACUGUUGAUUCAGCUCGUGAUGAAUAUGAGCAUGCUUCGAGUGAAAAUAUGCGUAUGAAACGUGCUGUACAAGAUGAAAAUUUAUUCAAAGAUUUACAUGAAGCUCAAAGACGUCUGAGAAAUGCUAAAGAUGGAGCAAAUCAAGCCAAAAAUGGAAUAGUAGAGGCUCUGUUGGACGCUGUGGAUGCUAUAUGA